UCGGCGGGCACCGGCACCCGCCGGGCACCGGUACCGGCACUGCACACCGGCACCGCCACGGGCGGGGGCGUCAGAGAUCGGCACCGACCUGACCUGACCUGACCUGACCCGACUCAGGGCGGGCCACAGGUGAUCGGCACCGGAGAUUGGCACCCGACACCGGCACUCUCAACCGACCCUCAGCAGGCCGGCGGACCCGGGACCGGCAGCCCUGAGCGAUCCCCGCAGGGCCGCGCUUUCGCUUUCGCCGGUCCCUCGCAGCAGAGGCGGCAGCGGCCGGGCCCGGUGCCCGGGGCUGUGAGGGGAGCGGGCACCGCACGGAGCCAUGGCCAUCGCCGCCGUGCCCGCGGCCGAGUCCCGGCUCUGCGGCAACUGCAAAAAGGACAUUCCUGCAGUCAAUUUCAUCAUCCAUGAAAUCCACUGUAGAAGAAACAUUGAAAUGUGUCCCUACUGCAGCGACUCCGUCCCAAAGUCUGAGAUGAAGAACCACAUUGAGUCUGAGCACGUGCAGGUCACCUGCAAGUGCAGGAUGAAGAUGGAGAGCAGCCUCCUGAAGGAUCAUGAGGCAUCCUCGUGUCCCCUGCGGCCCGUGCUGUGCCAGUUCUGUGACAUCCAGCUGGCCUUCAACAAGCUCCAGGAGCACGAGCUCUACUGCGGGGCCAGGACCGAGCCCUGCGGCCGCUGCGGCCGCCACGUCCUGCUCAGGGAGCUGCCGGAGCACCCGCGGCUCUGCGGGGCUCGGGGCACACCGGAGAUACCGGAGAGGGCGGCCCGGGGCGGCGGGACUCGGGACACACCGGACACACCGGACACGGACAGCGCCACCGCGUCCCGGAGCGAGGGGGGAGCCGCGGGGAGGCGGCGGGGAGCAGGGGAUGAGCCAGAGAGACCUGAACUCCUUCACUCCCAACUUGCUGAAGACUGGAAUGCUGACCUGGACUAUGUGCUGGCUCUCAGCCUGCAGAGUGAGAAUAAUGCUCAGCAUAACACUGCAGCUGACAUUGCCAGGGAUUUCUGGGAAUGUGACUACACCAAAGAGCCUGGACAAUCUGCCCACCUUGGUGCAACAGAGCUGUCCAGCAUCUUCUCCUGUGACUCUCCAGGCUCCUUUAGCACAUCAAACCACAGCAAAAUAGACAAGGACAUGACCAUGUUGCCCUGUGAGUUCUGUGAGGAGCUGUGUCCUGCUGAAGAUCUGAUCCUUCACCAGACAGGGUGUAACCCAGCAAGUGCCUUUGCCUCGUUCAGCAAGAGAAGUUCUUCUCCAAGUCCAUGGGAAUACAGUGGAGAGUCCAACAGCCACAGGACUGUUUCUUCAGCCCAGCCCCAAGCUGUGCAGGCAGAAGGAGACAUCAUGAUUCCAUGUGAAUUCUGUGGCAUCCAGCUGGAGGAGGAGAUUCUCUUUCAUCACCAGCACCACUGUGACCUGCGCCCUGCCAGCCCCACAGGUGACACUGCAGCCCAGGAGGUGCCAGCCCAGCCCCACGGGGACAGACGGGAAUCACCAGAGCCGGCUCGGCGACGGAUCCGGCACCAAGGAGAUGUUUCUCCUUGGCACGCAGAGGGCUCUGGGCAGCUGGGGCUGUGCCCUGCUGCAGGCACCAGGCUGAGAACGGAGGUGGCCAAGGCUGGGAACGCGGCACUGUCCCCUCCUGGGAGAGCCGGGGACGCUCCGGCCGCGCGGGGCAGGCCCGGCAAGGGGAGUGGCACUGAGGGGACACGGAAGGACAGAGGUGACUCUGCAGCGGGGACAGCACCCCGGGCAAGAGCUGCUCAGCACUUCCAGGCAGGAACCUUCACUGCCAGCUCCUCCAGAGCCUCUCCAGCCCAGCCAAGCUCUGGUGCCACAGGAACAGGAGGAAGGAGCCUGGGGCUGUCGGACGGGCGCAGCGGCCUCCGGCGCAGGAGCUCCAAGGCAAAAGGCCAGAGCCCAGCAGCCGGACACCCGGAGGAGUGAGCCAGGGCCUGUGGAGAACAUGGAGCACCCAGCCCUGCCCCUGGGCUCUGCUGGACUGCUGCAAGCAAAUUCUGACACUCAGCUUCAAUUUUUAGGCAGUGACCGUUUUCUAAAUCUCUAUUUUUAAUCUGUGAGAGCAAACUUAAGGUUUUUAUGUCUCUGAUUGCCUCGAGCACCACCCCCAAGGCAUCAAAUGGAGUCUUACCUUGGGCCCCACCUGAGUUCUGUGUCCGUGUGGGCUCCUUGUGCC